CUCUCUCUCUCUCCACCCCCUUCACACACAAACAAACUCGCAAGCAAGCACACGGAGCGUAUUUCCUGUAUCUGCCCUCUCUAUCGUCCUCUCGCUUGCGCUCUGUCAAGCUGCUUUGCUAUCAAACUCAAGUAAAGCGCCGUGAAGAACCGUCGAGCUCCGAGUGACGGAUAACCGACUUCUGCUCCCCGAAACAUCCCCAAGUCCAGCCCUGGAUUCAAUACUUAUCAUCAAUGGACAGAGCUUUCUUCCCAACCAGGCGAGGUACAGACACCGCGUAAACAGUGAGUAAAACUUCUUCACCCAAUUAUUUUUUAUUGUGAGCUUCACCAUUUCAGUCAGCUUUAGCCUACUUUACCAACAUUACAAAAACUAAUAAUAAUAAUAAUAAUAUUAGGUGUCAAUUUAUAACAAUGAUAAUAACAACAAUGGUUUAAGGCCUAAUUAUAAUAGUAAUACUAAUAUUUUAAAGGAUAAAAAGGAUAUUAAUAAAUGAUCGUUAAUAUUAGGCCCAAUACAAUGUCAACAAUGUUCUGGUCGUACGUCUAGCCUGAAUAAUUGACUGUUAAAAAGAAUAGGCUAAAUGGGUGAAGAAUACAAAUUAUAAGCAAGGUGUCAAUGUUUUGGCGAUAAUUUAGCGUAAAUAAUCUAUCAUUAGGCUACCAUAUAAUAACUAUUAUUAGCUAUGAUAAUACUAUUUUAUUUGGAUUACAUUAUCUCAUAUUUAGAUUUUUCAUGUAGCCUAACACUUUUUGGUUUCAGAUAAAAAUAAAUGUAGACUAUACAUUCCACACUAAAAAUAAAGUUUAUCAACAGCUUUACUACUGACAAUUAUUAUAAUUAUAAUAAAUAUUAUACUUUUAUAAUUGUACUUGAGGACUGUGCACGUUCUGAUUAAAUCAUUACGCAAAACAAAAACGAACUAAUUGUGUAGACUGCAAAAUACAUUUAGCACGGGUUAGUAUCAGGUAUAGGCUAUAUUCAUUUGCAAUUUUCCAUGCUAAUUAAUUUAGGACAAUUUAUCACAUUGCGUACCUAGAUAUCCAACAUGCAUUAUUUUAGUGAACUUUGUUUCGUUUUGGAGUUUGAAAAUGGAGUGCUACUGACUUAUUACUCUACUUUUAGACUUUUAAUUGAACUUUUAAUUUAUAAAAGUAAAAGACAUAGUGUCCCGAGUCAAACCAUUGGCUAUAGGUCCAGCCUAUAGAGCUACUUUUUGAUUGAGACGUUGACACAUCAAUACUUUUACAUGUGUAUACUCUCAACUGCAUUGAAAUGUUUUACCAGAACAUGUUACCGGUCAAAUUCAUGAAUUUUAGCGCUUUUGAAUAUUCAUAAGUUUAAGAUAAACAAAUGAGCAACCAGAGCGAGCUGUUGUCUUUCACCAUAAGGUGAAUACAUAAUCACCCUAUCACCCUAACCUGCAUAAAUGUCUACAAUGUUAAUAAAAACGUCAGCUAAAAUGUAACAUUUAUAAACUGGCCUAGUGAGUGGACAGGGCAAAUUUUUUGCUCAAACGUUUUUACAGCCAGAGAAAUAGCAGCGUUGCUCUCAGCGUGACAAAACCUAUUGUCCCCAAAAAUGUCAACAACAGUAAUUUAGUGGUCCCAUCAAAAUGCCGGUUUCAUUUGGAUAAACUUGUUUUCACUGCAGUAUGCCAAGUGGAGAGAAAAAAGUUGUUCCUCCAGCUUUCUUCUCCAUUUCUCUCCCCCAAAAUAAAAACUUCAGGGCUUGACUAUUUAAAAAAAUAAUAAUGAAAUUCCCCCUUACCCUUUUCCUAUUUUAACAUUAUUUGAUUCUGUGUAAUACAGUACUAUGGCCUGAAAUGUAACCUGUUCACAAAAAGACAUGCAAAAUCUAGGCCUCUUACCAUGGGUGUGUCUCCCUCAUUAAACAUACAGUUAAACGGUUAAAUCAAAUCCAAUCCUAUUUUUAUUCAUCACAUGCUUCAUAAACAACAGGUGUAGACUACCAGUGAAACGCUUACUUAACGCCCUUCCCAACAAUGCAGAGGAAAACAAAUAAACAAAUAAUAGAAAAGUAAAACAGUAAUAAUAAAAGUAAUAAUGCAUUCACAAUGAGUAAUGAUAACUUGGCUACAGUGCAUUCGGAAAGUAUUCAGACCCCUUGACUUUUUCCACAUUUUGUUACGUUACAGCCUUAUUUUAAAAUGGAUUAAAUUGGUUUUUCCCCUCAUCAAUCUUCACACAAUACCCCAUAAUGACAAAGCAAAAACAGGUUAAAUGUUUUGUGUGCAAAUGUAUAAAAUAAAGAAAACGUAAAUAUCACAUUUACAUAAGUAUUCAGACACUUUACUCAGUACUUUGUUGAAGCAUCUUUGGCAGCGAUUACAGCCUUGGGCCUUCUUGGGUAUGACGCUACAAGCUUGGCACACCUGUAUUUGGCGAGUUUCUCCCAUUCUUCUCUGCAGAUCCUCUCAAGCUCUGUCAGGUUGGAUGGGGAGCGUCACUGCACAGCUAUUUUCAGGUCUCUCCAGAGAUGUUAGAUCGGGUUAAAGUCCGGGCUCUGGCUGGGCCACUCAAGGACAUUCAGAGACUUGUCCCAAAGCCACUCCUGCGUUGUUUUGGCUGUGUGCUUAGGGUCGAUGUCCUGUUGGAAGGUGAAUCGUCGCCCCAGUCUGAGGUCCUGAGCACUCUGGAGCAGGUUUUCAUCAAGGAUCUCUCAGUAUUUUGCUCUGUUCAUCUUUCCCUUGAUCCUGACUAGUCUCCCAGUCCCUGCUGCUGAAAAACAUCCCCACAGCAUGAUGCUGCCACCACCAUGCUUCACCGUAGGGAUGGUACCAGGUUUCCUCCAGACGUGACGCUUGGCAUUCAGGCCAAAUAGUUUAAUCUUGGUUUCAUCAGACCAGAGAAUCUUGUUUCUCAUGGUCUGACAGUCCUUUAGGUGCCUUUUGGCAAACUCCAAGCGGUCUGUCAUGUGCCUUUUAUUGAGGAGUGGCUUCCGUCUGGCCACUUUACCAUAAAGGCCUGAUUGGUGGAGUGCUGCAGAGAUGGUUGUCCUUCUGGAAGGUUCUCCCAGCUCCACAGAGGAACUCUGGAGCUCUGUUAGAGUGACCAUCGGGUUCUUGGUCACCUCCCUGACCAAGGCCCUUCUCCCCCGAUUGCUCAGUUUGCUGUUUUUGCUUUGUCAUUACGGGGUAUUGCGUGUAGAUUGAUGAGGAAAAUGUUUUAUUUAAUAUAUUUUAGAAUAAGGCUGUGACGUAACAAAAUUUGGAAAAAGGGAAGGGGUCUGAAUACUUUCCGUUUGCACUGUAUAUACAAGGGGUAUCAGUACCAAGUCGAUGUGCAGGUUUGAUUAAAUUCCACCAAUUGACUCCAUGUUUGAGUUAAUGUUUGAGUUGAAACAAGUUAUCAAACUAGCAUUGAGAGGUAUUCAGAAGAUAAAAUAAUUGAAUGGUACUUCAAUAAAAUAUGGUAAAUGCAUGACUUAUGCAGUACUGGGUGUUCACAGUGAAUGGUAUGACUGUGUGUUACUAUGUUGUUGAGUACAUUUUGCAGUAGUAUGCUCUAGUGUGUGUGGUCUCUGUGUGUCUGUACAGUCUCCCAGCAUUGUAUGCUUGAAGUGGUUUCUGUGUGUGUGUGUGUGCGUGCUUGUGUGUGUGUAUGUUUAUAUUGAGAAUGCAUGAGGCCAGGGUCAGAGUUCAAGUCAUUAUUCCAUAUGUGUAAAAUGUGCUACAUAUGCUACACGCUUAGAAGUAAUGGUGCCUGGAAGAACCUUUUGGGUUGCCACACCGGCAGAACCUUUCCGGUUGAAAAAGGUUCCUUGAGGAACCCCUCUGAAAAGGGUCUUCAAGGAACCCCUGUGUAAAGGUUCAAACCGGAACCUUUUUGUGAUGGGAGGGGUUCAAUUUUGAACCUUUUUAAUAAUAUAUUGUAGAGGUGGCAGCCUAUCAGAUUAGAGGCGUUACUUUCGGAUAGUUAUUUUUGGUGACUUGUUAGCAUACAUGUCAUUCCUGUUCAUCAUGUUGAGUUUGUACACUGCAAAUUAAAAUGUUCCUUGAAUAUUUAUGCAUAUUACAUAUUCUAAUAUAAUAUUAACAUUGCUGAUUACAUAAAAUUGGUAAAAAAGUGGUAUCUAUUCCAACUUUGGGAUUUGCAUAGCCUCUUUUAGGCUCAUUGAAGUUACAAAACUGUCAAUGUUCAAACUUAACGUGUGAUGGCAAUACAACAGAACUGAUGAACAAGAAUGACAUUUACUCUAAUGGGUGGCCCAAAAAAUAUAUAUAUAUCUUAAAGCCACGCCCCUACUAAACCACACCUCCACUAUAGGGUUCCUCCGGGAAGCCGUUGCUACAUUGACCCAUUAAAGGUUCCUCCAAGAACCCCUCAACUGACCGAAGGUGCAAAUAUGAAGCAUUGACUAGCAAUGGUUCCUUGAGAAACUCCAGGGGUUCCUUGAGGAUCUCCAGUGUUCCUCGAGUCACUAAUUCUAAGAGCGUACAGCAUAAUCUUGAUGAUGAUGAUGAUGAUGAUUAUUAUUAUUAUUAUUAUUAUUAUUAUUAUUAUUAUUAUUAUUAUUAUUAUUAUUAUCUAUAAUAACAACAAUAAGAGGAAGGAACAACACCUAACAGACACUUAUAGAAAUAUAAACAUAUAUAAUAUUUCAGUGGUUUUAAAUCUUAGUCUUUAAAACCCCUUUUCUAUAUGUUCAUUUUCAUCAUCAGACCAUAAAUAUCACGUAGUGGUGCGUUGUUCACUUCUAGUCAGUUAUAUCAGUCAUAUAUUUCAACAGUCUCAAUGACCGAGUAGCUGUAAACAUCCUAAGAGAUCAACUGUCAACUCCGUCACACAUUCCGUCAAGCCUAAUGUGUUGUGAAAGUUCCAUCAUCCUCCGAGCUCUUGUAAUAAUUCAGACAUAAUACUUUCAAUGUGGGGUUUGUCUACAGCAUCUAAGAGUACAGGACUAUUUUGUUUGGUUACUCAAUGUGUUGAUAAAAUAUGUUAUAGUGACAGUAACAUGAACUACCUAAAACACGUAAAGACAAAUACAAGAUACAAAUCCCUCUGUAAGACAAAAUAUAGACAAAACUCAGUUAUUAUUAAACCUUAACAGACAAACAAUAAGCCCCUAGGUGCAUCACAAAUGGUACCCUAUUCCCUAUAGUGCACUAGGUUUGACCAGAGCCUCUAUAGGGAAUAGGGUGCCAUUUGUGACACAGCCCUUGUUCUGAUGUAGUCAUGUGGAUCAAAGCUGGAGGGCAGGGCUGUGUGAUGUCAUCAGAUGUUAUCAGGAGGAGAUCUACUGUACUGAUAGACAUCCAUCCAUUCCAUCAGUCUGAUAGCUGGCCACUGGACAAACUCACAGGAUAGGACUGGUGUGAUGAGAGAUUAAGUGAAGAACUGCGAACACUAAAAUGUGGGAGAGAGAGAGAGAGAGAGAGAGUGAGAGAGGAGGGAAGAGAGAAGAGAGAGAGAGAGAGUGAGAGUGAGAGAGAGGAAGAGCGAGAGAAGAGAGAGAGAGAGGGAGAGAGCGAAAGAGAGGAUAAGAAAGAGAGAGAGAAAGAAGAGAGAGUCGAGAGAGAUAGAGAGUGAUUAGGAAGAGAUAGCGUGGAGAGAGAGGAGUGGAGUGUUUUCUCAUCUCUUUUUCUCUUCUCAACUCUAGACCUAUGAUGGCAGGGUCUCCCAGGGUUAGAGACUCCCAACACAUAUCCUUCCCCUUCAUACAUGUCUGGUAAUAAUUUCUCCCUAUUAAUGACUCUGGGUGCAGAGAGGAUGGGGGGCGGAGGGGAGGUGUUUAAUCCUGCGUCUGCCUUUCCCAAAUCCCAUGCAGAAGUGUUUAUCAGAAGCAGAUCUACAAUGAGGGGGGGGAGGGGGAGGGGGGGUGUGAGAGAGAAAAAUAGUGUGUUUAGUCAAGAGCUGUUAAGAUUUAUAAGCUUUUAAUUACACAAUGGUCUCCAAUCAGGCCUAGCUCUCCCAUAGUAGGCUAGCUCUCAUGGAUCUGGUCCCAUAGCAUGGUGUGUGGUUCUGGACCAGAGAAGGAGAGACCAGGGAUCUGGUCCCAUAGCAUGGUGUGUGGUUCUGGACCAAGAGAGGGAGAGACAAGGGAUCUUGAGUCCAUAGCAUGGGUGUGGUUCUGGACCAGAAAGGGAAAAGACCAGGAUCUGGUCCCAUAGCAUGGUGUGUGGUUCUGGACCAGAAAGGGAGAGACCAGGGAUCUGGUCCCAUAGCAUGGUGUGUGGUUCUGGACCAGAGAGGGAAAGACCAGGGAUCUGGUCCCAUAGCAUGGUGAUUGGUUCUGGACCAAGAGGGUAGAGACCAGGGAUCUGGUCCCAUAGCAUGGUGUGUGGUGGCUGGACCAGAGAGGUAGAGACCAGGGAUCUGGUCCCAUAGCAUGGUGUGUGGUGGCUGGACCAGAGAGGUAGAGACCAGGGAUCUGGUCCCAUAGCAUGGAUGUGUGGUGGCUGGACCAGAGAGGUAGAGACCAGGGAUCUGGUCCCAUAGCAUGGUGUGUGGUUCUGGACCAGAGAGGGAGAGACCAGGGAUCUGGUCCCAUAGCAUGGUGUGUGGUUGGCUGGACCAGAGAGGUAGAGACCAGGGAUCUGGUCCCAUAUCAUGAUGUGUGGUGGCUGGACCAGAGAGGUAGAGACCAGGGGUGGGGAAAUAAAUUAUCUGAGCCAGCACAGUACAGUUCAGGUUAACAUGAAAAUUGUAUUAGACUGCUGCCUCAGAUCACCCAGGUCCCUAUGAUCUGACGUGGCUGUAUCCCUUCACUGUCCAGCCCAGGAUGCCUCAGCUAUGCAGUCCUAUGGGAAAGAAAGAAAGUGACUGGUCUUUGCAGUAAAACAGAGGGAGAGGCGGCUCGGGUUCUUCCGUAUUACAAUAUUCUGAGUUUGUGUUGGAAGGAUCUUUUUAAAGGCUGUUAUUAAUUUGGCAUGUGUGUUUUAUUGUCACCAUGUGCUGCUUUCAGGCCAGAAUAGGUUAAUUAUCAUGCCAGGGGAAACCACAGAUUGUGAAACAAACACAUCAGACUGCAUGACAGACAGCAGACUGCCCCUUUACGUCUAGAGGGUGGUGACAGACUGGGGUUCGAACCCGUGUCUCCUGCACACCACGGGACUGUGUUAGCCCGCUGAGCUGAAGCCAGAUAGGCAGCAGACUGCUCCUACUUCUAUAAUAGUGGUGUGACAGACAGGGGUUUGAACCCGGUUGUCCUGCCGGCCACAAGACUGUGUUAGCCUGGUGAGCUAAAGUCAGACAGCCAACGCAAGUCUUCAGGUCUCAGAUACGGUUGCUCAAGGUUCCAAACCACCUCCGUCUGUUAGAGGCACCAGUUACUUUAGCUCAGAAGUUCUUAUGUUGGAGUGAAGAUGGUUGCUCAUGUGAGCUUCUAUGGAUUAAUGUUUUGAAUUGGGAACCUUUAUGUCUUGAAAGUAGUGCGUCAAGUUAUAGCCUGUUGUUAUGAGUAACCUUGCUUAAAAAGCCAACUAUCACCCCCUAGAUUAGUGGCAUAGCCUUUUGGUCAAACAGUAGACCUACAUAUACUGUGUAAUCUCUUAUGACAGACAGGGCGUUGGGCCAGUAACUGAAAGGUUGCUGGUUCAAAUCCCAGAGCCAACAAUGUGGGGGAAAACAUCUGUCAAUUUGCCCUUGAGCAAGGCACUUAACCCUAAUUGCUCCUGUAAGUCGCUCUGGGUACGAAUGUCUGUAAAAUGUAGAAAAUUCAUAGGCCUACCUAGCACGAGAUGUGGUCAUGUGUUCCCAGAUUGUAUGCAUGGCUGAUUUUAGAGUGCUGUGUAGAUGACUAUAGAGUCUGAUAGCAGUCACCUGUAUUAUUUACAGGAAAGAGCCUGGUGGGUUUCUGUUUGUUUGUUGUGGUCCUCUUUUUCUGCUCUUGUCAUCUGUAAUGUCUUCAGUCUGGGAGGGAUUGAUGGGUCACAGGGAAACAAUGGCCGCAACCCUCACGCCUCCUCGCCUCCAACACAACAUGAGCUGAUGAAGCUGUCAUCUCAGUGUGAGAGUCUGACGCAAAUGAAGAGUUUCAUUUCAAAACGCUAUUUAUCCAUUUUCAGACAUGUUGAGAAAUGAGCUUUUAUUGUUUAAAGAAAUGACGAAAGAGGUGUGUCUUUUCACUAUUUAACCAUGGCAUGGGGUUGUUCAAUGACAGACAUGUAUUUGUUUAAAAUCUAUCACUUGAUGGUUUCAUUUCAGAGAGACAAAUAAUGUUGCUAAACGCUAUAUAUCAAAUCAAAUCAAAUUAUAUUUGUCACAUCCACGUGUUUAGCAGAUGUUAUAGCGGGUGUAGCGAAAUGCUUGUGCUUCUAGCUCCGACAGUGCAGUAAUAUCUAACAAGUAAUAUCUAACAAUUUCACAACACAUACCUAAUACACACAAACUAGUAAGGAAUGGAAUUUAAGAAAAUAUACAUAUAUGGACAAGCAAUGACAGAGCGGCAUGGACUAAGAUACAGUAGAAUAUUAUAGAAUACAGUAUAUACAUAUGAGAUGAGUAAUGCAAGACAUGUAAACAUUAUUAAAGUGACUAGUGUUCCAUUUCUUAAAGUGGCCAGUGAUUUCAAUAGGCAGCAGCAGCCUCUAAUGUGCUAUUCGCCUCACUCUCAGAGAAGUUAUUAGUACUGCUAGAUUUUACAGUGAAAUGUACACUUUUCUUUUACAUUGGUGACAUCAAUAUAAUUAAAAAAAAUAAUAAUUAAACACAGUCAUAUGAGAUCUGUAUGUAAAACAUUUACAUUUGACAUUUUAGUCAUUCAGCAGAUGCUCUUAUCCAGAGUUACUUACAGUUUGUGCAUUCAUCAUAAUGAUAGCUAGGUGAGACACCCACAUACUGCAUCACAGUCAAAUGAAUAAGAUACGAACAUUCCAUUCCAGCUAAACAACAGAUAUAUAGCACAAUGGAACCAAUGGAAUCAUCCCAAAAGCGCAAACCAAUUGACUCAAUGCCUCUGGCUCUUUUCAAACGCUCAACGUAUCUGAAAGAAAACAAAUACUAUUUAAACCCUGAUCUGAUUUGAAGAGGAGGCUCCACAAUGUCAACACCAGUAAGAUGUAGACAGUUGCCUGUAGACACUGAUGUGAGGUUAAUCUGGUGUUUCUCCUCCUAGAUAAACUAAGUUUAGGGGAGGGUUCACUGAUCCUAGUUCAGUGCUUAUGUUCAAGGGCAACUUCAUCCUAAAGAACAAAUGCCAUACAUAGGGGGUUUAGCUCGCGGAAGUAUGAGAGUGUCCGAGAUACGUAUUUUGAGAGGAGAGAGAAGCGAGAGACGAGAGCGAUAGGGAGAAAGAGCACGAAUGCGAGCGAAGAGAGAGAGAGCUAGAGACGGUGGGGGAGGUUCUAUCUCGCGAUAUCGAUAGUAGUGAUGAUCGUCCGGACUCGAUAACGUCCUCGGAGUGUUUAAGGAGGGCAGCCAGAGGAAACGACAUAUACAUUCAUACCUCAUAUGUUGCAGGACGUCUCCUCUCAUAUUCGUUCCGAGCAGUCGUACAGUCUGUUGGGAGCCCCUCCUGGAGGUUGGUGGGGGAUGGAGCGUGGUGGUACGGAGAGCCCCUGUCUGCGGGACAGUCCCGAGCAGAGAGGGGACAGCCCGGACACCUGUGGACCCCCGCCGGGCAAGAUGGCCGCUGAGAGUCAACGGGAGGACCCUCACGGAGUACACCAGCGCACUCAACGGCACCCGCACGGGCACUCGGAGGUAGGGGAACACACAGAGGAACACACACACAUACACUCACACACAUACUGUAUGCACAGUGAACCAUCACACACACACAAAUACUGUUAUACCCAAACACUAGUUAAGACAUUUUUAGGAGAAUGAAUAGAAGAGAAGAGGGGAGGAUUCCUCCUUACAGCCAUGGCUUUCAGAAUGGCUUUCUGUAGUGUUAAUGAGGGAGCUGUCUUUGAACUGGGGGAAAUCAGCCCCUCUGUUUAAAACCACAGCAUGGCGGUGUGGAAUGGGCCACAUGCUAUCCUAACACUGUAGUCCAAAGAGCAGUUUAUGUAUAGUGUAUAUACACUUGUAGGGACACACACACACACUUCCACAAAUGCAUGCGCACACAUACACACGUGUGCUACUCCACACACAAACACACACAAACGUGUGUGCUGUGCAAACACACACACACACACACACACACAACACACACACAAAACACACAUGCAACUCCUUAGCUGAGUUAUUGGGAUAUAGCGUGCCUGAUGAGACUUGGUUUGCUGGAGUUAAUUUGUCGUUGUGCUGUCAGUAGCUUGAUUGAUUCCUCCAAAUUACUACUCCUAGAGGAUUAGCUGAGUACGAUGGGGUGUUUCAUGGCUUGGAAAAGUCAAAGUUUCAUGACUAAAGCAAAUUAUCUAAUUAUUCACUGGUCUCUUUUUUUACCUCCAAAAGACGUCAGAAUGAUGUCCUUAAUUUGUUAUGAGUGGUUCAGAAAUUACUUUACGCAAUAGAUUGAUAUGUGCUGUGUGUGAGAGCCUGGCGGUUUUUAAGGCGUUGGGACAGAACCGAAGGUUCGCUGGUUUAAAUCCCUGGGGUCAAACUAGGUGAAAAUCUGCCGAUGUGCCUUGAGCAGGCUUAACCCUAAGCUUGGAUAAGUGGGUCUCCCAAAUGAUUAAAAGUUAUUGAGCAUGUUGUAGAUUCACAGUCUUUCUAAGAAGGGAGAAAGGUUGUUAUUGCAGAGGGGGUCUCGCUCGCUUGACCCCCCCCUCAAGACCGAAACUCGUGGAAACCACAAAAUCCUCUUCCCCUCUAACUCACCCCAACACCGGCCCCUGUCUCUCAACUCACGGAGAUGACACCCGGCAAACCGGACGGGGCAGCGUAAUCGACCAGCCGAAUCGAAAGAUCGAGCUCGCCUUUGCUAUAAGGCUCAGAAUUCGUCUUCCCCUAUAUAUCUCUCAUCUAGCUCUCUCUCUACUCUCUCGAGCAUAGAUCGCUCAUCCUCCGAUCUCUCUAGCUCUCCUCUCUCUCCGUCUCCUCGCUCUCAUCUCUCAUCUCUCCAGGUCUGAUGAUCCCUGUGUAUUGUGUAGUGGAGCAGGCCAGAUGGGUGGCGUGUCCUGGGGGUGUGGUCUUGACGGGGAUGGGCGUGGUGACAGACAUGCUGAGUUUGUAUUGGUUCGUAAGGACUCCUCUUCACCCAGCUGGGUGGAGACAGCCCUCGUGGCCACUGGGCUACUCCCACAACUCUGCCGUGCAGGCGAGAGGUGAGUCAGAUAGGACAGUAGUGUGUUUGUGCAAGUGUGUGUGUGUAUGUAUGUAUGUAUGUAUUGUCGUGUAUUGAGAUUAUGACGUUGUUAAUGUUUUAAGUGGAACCAGAGAGGACGUUAAUUUUAGUAUCAAGAGGGAAUGUUUUAGUGUAACGCCACAUACAACAGACAGGAAGUGUGUUGUAGACAGGGGAGACUGGUGAUUGGCCAGAAGAGGGAGCCCAUCUUUUUGCAUUGUUUAUAAGUAGGGGUUAAACGAUGAAAGGGCAGAGCGGCCAUUCUGAGGCGUCGCUCUCCGGAUGUCAUGACAUCUGUCACUUAUGCUGUAACCGUGGAUAUUAAUAAAAGCCUCUAAAACACGGUGCAGCCUAAGCGGACUCUUUGUUGACAGCAAUAAUUGCCACCAUUCACCCGAUACGACAGUAUGUAGGUGUGUGUGUGUGUGUGUGUGUGUGUGUCUGUGUGUGUAUGUGUAUGUGUGUUUGUGUGUGUGUGUGGUGUGUGUGCGAGGGGGGUGGGGUGGGGGGGGGUUGUGUGUGUGUGGGUAGGUGUGUGUGCGAGGGGGGGGGGUGGGGGGGGGGUUGUGUGUGUGUGGGUAGGUGUGUGUGCGAGGGGGGUGGGGUGGGGGGGGGUUGUGUGUGUGUGGGUAGGUGUGUGCCUGUGAGAGGGUCAGAGAAUUAUCCUUUCUGAAAGAGCUGAUCACAAACCACCUUUUAAAUGUUAGCGGUCAUGUGUUUAUCACUGAAUCUGCUACUGGCAAUAUUACAAAACACACUUCAUUUUGUAGUUCAGUGAUGAGAAACACUGGCUCAUGUAAGCUGGUCCAAGUUACGAAAGGAACGCAAUUUACGUGCGACCUAAAGCAAGAAAGUUCACACCAAGGCUGCUUCCAACCCUCCACAACAGGAAAACAGGAAAACAGUAAAGCCAAACAUCGCUACACGACAGAGCAAAUAUAGACCAACGACUGAAAUAAAUACGUUGCCGGUCGACCCCUAAGACGACUACGGACCAAACAACAGAGACACACAAAGAAAGGCACCGAACCGUUCCACAUUCCAACCCUGUAAACACAGGCCAUAGUUCUGGCAAAGCAAAACCAGUUACCCAACCUGGAGACGCCCUCGACCCACUCCACUCCUCCCACUGCUCCCAAAUGGAUACGUUUUGUUAUUUGAAAGAAGCUUUUAUGUUAAAUGAAUAAUUCCUGGGCGAAAUCUUGAAUUUUUUCCCUCUGUGUGGUUGUGAACAAAAUGACACAGAGAACAUUCUAUUUUCUCUCCCUGAAUUGUGUCCCGCAUAACAUUGGUCCAGUUGUAUUUUU